AUGAAGAGUGUCCAAGUCUUUGGUCGCAAGAAGACAGCUACAGCUGUUGCCUACUGCUGCGAGGGCAGUGGCCUUAUCAAGCUCAAUGGCACACCAAUCAACAUGGUUUCCUCCGAAACACUCCGUGCCAAGAUUCUCGAACCACUCCAGUUAAUUGGCGAAGAGUCAUGGGGCAACCUCGACAUCCGCGUUCGUGUCCACGGUGGUGGCCAUGUUGCACAGGUCUAUGCUAUCCGCCAGGCCGUUGCCAAAGCCAUUGUUGCUUACUAUCAGAAGUAUGUUGAUGAAGCCACAAAGACAGAAAUCAAGAACACCCUUCUUGGCUACGAUCGUACUCUUCUUGUUGCCGAUCCACGUCGUAUGGAACCAAAGAAGUUUGGUGGUCAAGGCGCUCGUGUCCGCAGACAGAUGUCAUACCGUUAA